GUCGUCGUGGUUGACAAUUGAUUUCCCCGCAUGAUGCGCCAGACCAAGAAAAGCGGCUGCCGACACUGAACUUACACCCAACUUUCAGCCUACCAUCGGAAAUGUCCUUCUCAGGAUACACAUUACCAGUCAACCCGCCCGAUGCGCCUCUGCGCCUCACCACCGAGCAGCUCUUCGCAGGGCUCAAGACGAAGGCCCGCGACCCCCUGGCGUUCGUGCCCAUGAUCACCAGCUGCGCAGUGCUGGAGGAGCACCCCGACGGCCUCCUGCGCGAGGUCGUCCUCAAGGGCAAGCCCGGCCCUGUCCACGAGCGCGUCGAGUACUUCCCGAGCGGCAACGUCGUCUUCACGAUGCUGGACCCGGCGACGGGCGACAAGCUCGGGGUUAUCACGAACACGAUCACGGAGACGCCUGAGGGCGAGCUGAUGCUCACCUUCACCUUCACGUUUGGGCAGGGCGGGCCGUGGGGGAGUGGCCCGGCCUCGGAUGAGCAGCGGAAAGAGAGGGACAAACUCGUGGUCGACACGAUGCGCCGUACGUUGGAGGUCACCCGGCAGUACGUGCAGGAGAAGAAGAUCUGAACAGAAUAUCAACGCACCUGCGAGAUGGAUAUGUUGUUGCGCGGUCCUAUCCCAUCUGAACGAUCAGCUUGUCGGUAAGCUGCGUAAAACCCUUAUGAUAUUUGCGAGCAGCAGCUAGAGGGUCGCGAUUGGAAGGGGUCAAAGCCUGUGGACAUGUUAUAGAAAGGCUACACAGUUCCUAGCAUGAUCUAACUCAUCAGUGAUGCACCGUCGGACACACCAAACUCACGCAC